AUGUUUACGUGGACUAUUUAUGUUUCGUUAUUGCUAGUGUUAGCAGGUACUUUCUUAAUGAACCGAAAUACGAAUACAGAUAUAAUUGAUACUUUUAAACGAGAAGUCGAUUUGCCAAUACCUGCGCAACCAGGUCCACCAUUCCCGCUUGUUACUGACUAUUGUGACAUUGUAUGUGGAUUUGGCCGCGGAUCCGCCGAAUUGGGUAUUCCCACUGCCAAUGUACCUAUAAAUCAGUUACCUAAAGGUAUCAACGAUUUGGAUUUAGGGGUUUACUUUGGGUUUGCUCACAUUAAAACUGUUGAUGGUCAAGAACUAUCGGUGGAAACAAGGCGGGAUGGAAGAACUGUGGUUUAUAAUUACGGUCAAUAUUUAAGUGAAGCGAACGAUGAUUUGUCCGUACUUCCUAUGGUACUUUCAGUUGGGAAAAAUCCAUUCUACGGAAAUGAUUUCAAAACCAUGGAAUUACAUAUUAUACAUGAUUUUAAAAAUGAUUUUUAUGGGGCCAGGGUCAAGUUCAAUAUUUUAGGUCAUAUCAGACCCGAAUUGAACUACACUACUAAGGAAGCUCUGAUCGAAGACAUCAAUAUCGAUAUUAGGACUGCGCAGACUGUCCUUGCCACUCCACCGUAUCAAGUAUUCAAACAACAAUUAUAG